UAUAAAAAAUGAGCAGAAAUAUUAUUACACUAAUUUUGCUGUGUGGCUUUAAUUGUGAUAUAAUAUUUGCUCAACGUGAGAGUUUUGUCCUUUUCGCAGUGCUCGCCGAUCCAGCGGAUCCGAAAGAGUUCACCCCGGCAGCUCGCCUUGGUCAUCGUAAUUCACCUCUAAGCAAAACCAAAUGGUUCUGUGGCGGCACGAUAAUCAGUGAUCGUAUAGUUCUAACAGCUGCCCACUGCUUUUAUUCAGAUGAAGGAUCCGUAAACGUAGUGCGCUUGGGAGAACUAGUUUUCGAUAGCGACGCGGAUGAUGCGCAGCCGGAGGACUUUGAAGUUCUCGAAACUAAGGCCCAUCCAGAUUUUCGGUACCCAGUUUUCUACAACGAUAUUGGAGUUGUCCUUUUGCGGGGGAAAAUCAGAUACAAUCAAUAUAAGAUGCCUGCAUGCCUGCCUUUUUGCAAUGGAGACAAGUAUACUCACUUUACUGCCAUCGGAUGGGGCCAGGAGGGAUUUGAAAAACUCGAACAAUCCAAAGAGCUAAGGAAGGUGGUUCUAGAAAAGUAUGGUUACUUGUGUUGGAGGACAACGGAGCCAAACGAGGAUUUGCCGGAAGGGUACAAAUCAGAGUCCCAGUUGUGUGUUGGAUCUCCUGAUGAGAAGGACACUUGCAAUGGAGACUCGGGGGGUCCGCUACUGGUUGCCUAUACUGGAUAUGGGUGCAAAUAUCAAGUCAUGGGGAUCACGUCAGUAGGAACCGCAUGUGGCACUCCGAACGUUCCCAGUUUAUACACGCGGGUACAUUUUUACCGCGAUUGGAUUAUAAGACAAUUAGAGGGUAAAAAAUAAUUUAGUUUUUAAUACCUAUUUCCGGAUUUGGACUCAGGUAAAAUUUAUAUUUUUCCUCUUAGGGAUUUGUACUACGGGUAAAGGGUAUUAUUAUAUAUUGUAAAUGAACCGA